GCGGGUUGUGGCAACUGCGCAGCCUCAGAAAAACCUCGCCCCUUUCGUUAACUGAAAUCGCCAGUCUCUGUUUCUGUCGCAGAAGAACAGAGACCAGGAAGAGGGCAGGGACCUAGGCCGAAAAGUCGAACUCUUUUCCGGCCUUCAGAUGCUCCAGAGCUACUGACGUGGCGGUGAAGCUCGAGAAAUGCCGUACUAUUCGGUGAUUUUUCGGGGAUAUAUCAGAGCCACCGCCGCAUCCGCCUCCGCUCCCGCAGGUGCUGCCUCCAUGGCUAUGCAACAAUACCCUUUUCAGCUAUGUCGGAACCCUAAAUUCCUUUUAAAGCCCUCGUCUCCGGUGAGGUCCCUGCAUUGGUUCCGGACUUCGGGGUUGGUCACGUGCCGCCGGAGUCGGAGGGCGAAGAUCACGUGCCUGAGCGGCGGUGGCGGCCGUGCCUCGGAGGCCCCUCUGUUGGAUUGGAGAACAGUCGUUUUGCCGUACCUGCAGAACCAGAGCUCUAACUAUGGCCGGACUGCUUACUACGACUGCGUCUCGAGCGAUGAGUCUGAUACUGACGUCGGGUCGUCAUCUCAGCAGAACCAAAUGGCAAAUUCGACCCUUGAUAACAUUGAUCAAUGGAGGUUCAAACUUACCAUGCUUCUCCGAAACAAUGAAGAGCAAGAAGUUGUGUCAAGGGAGAGAAAGGACAGGCGCGAUUUCGAGCAUCUCUCAGCAUUGGCCUCCAGAAUGGGAUUGCAUAGCCGUCAGUAUUCAAAAGUUGUUGUUUUUAGUAAAACUCCUUUGCCCAAUUAUAGAGCUGAUCUUGACGAUAAGCGCCCGCAAAGAGAGGUGGUUUUGCCUUUUGGCCUACAAAGUGAAGUUGAUGCCAAUCUGCAUGCUUUCCUCAAUGAGAAACAAGCAAGGAUUCCGAAGGUGCCAAGAUCAAACAGUAGUGACAGUUUAACUGAUGAUGGAGUCUACGAGCAGCCUGAGCCCCCGAGGCAGAAUAGCGUUGCCAUGGAGAGGGUACUUCAAAGGAGGAGUUUGCAACUAAGGAGCAAGCAACAGGAAUGGCUGGAUUCUCCAGAAGGGCAGAAAAUGCUAGAGUUUCGGAAAACCCUUCCUUCAUACAAAGAGAAAGAUGCACUACUGAAAGCCAUUUCUGAAAACCAGGUUAUAGUUGUGUCUGGAGAAACUGGUUGUGGUAAAACCACACAACUUCCGCAGUACAUUCUAGAGUCUGAGAUCGAGGCUACCCGUGGAGCAUCGUGCAGCAUCAUCUGUACCCAGCCUAGAAGAAUAUCUGCUAUUUCUGUUUCCGAACGAGUUGCUGCAGAGCGAGGCGAGCAAAUAGGAGAAUCUGUUGGCUAUAAAGUGCGGCUGGAAGGAAUGAGAGGAAGAGACACCCGUCUUCUUUUUUGUACUACUGGUGUUUUACUCAGAAGGUUACUUGUCGAUCGAAACCUGAAAGGUGUGACUCAUGUUAUAGUUGAUGAGAUCCAUGAGCGUGGGAUGAAUGAAGAUUUUCUUCUCAUUGUCCUUAAAGAACUCCUUCCUCGUCGACCGGAUCUGAGGUUGAUUUUGAUGAGCGCCACUUUGAAUGCUGAGCUCUUUUCUUCUUAUUUUGGUGGCGCUCCAACCAUGCAUAUUCCGGGUUUCACUUACCCUGUCCGGGCCCAUUUCUUGGAGGACAUACUUGAGACAACUGGAUACAGGCUGACACAGUAUAAUCAAAUUGAUGACUACGGUCAAGAAAAGGGUUGGAAAAUGCAAAAACAAGCUCUAGCUUUCAAAAAGAGGAAAUCCCAGAUUGCUUCUGCUGUUGAGGAUGCCCUUGAGAAUGCUGACUUUAAAGGUUACAGCUUGCGCACCAGAGAGUCUCUAUCAUGCUGGAGUCCUGAUUCAUUGGGCUUUAACCUUAUUGAGCAUGUGCUUUGUCAUAUUGUCAAGAAAGAGAGACCUGGUGCUGUUUUGGUGUUCAUGACUGGUUGGGAUGAUAUUAAUUCUUUGAAGGAUCAGCUCCAAGCUCAUCCUCUUCUGGGAGACCCCAGCAGAGUUUUGUUGCUUGCAAGUCAUGGAUCCAUGGCCAGUUCUGAGCAGAGGUUGAUCUUUGAUAGACCUCCAGAAGGAGUUAGGAAAAUAGUUCUGGCUACUAAUAUGGCUGAGACGAGUAUCACCAUCAAUGAUGUGGUAUUUGUGGUUGAUUGUGGAAAAGCAAAAGAGACAUCCUAUGAUGCACUUAACAACACUCCUUGUUUGCUUCCGACGUGGAUCUCAAAAGCAGCGGCUCGUCAAAGAAAAGGAAGAGCUGGUCGCGUUAUGCCUGGAGAAUGUUAUCACCUUUAUCCUAGAUGUGUUUAUGAUGCAUUCGCUGAUUACCAGCAACCAGAACUCCUAAGGACACCUUUGCAGUCUCUGUGUUUACAAAUCAAAAGUUUACGACUUGGAAGCAUUUCAGACUUCCUUUCCCGGGCAUUGCAACCUCCUGAACCUUUAUCGGUCCAAAACGCUGUGGAAUAUCUGAAGAUCAUUGGUGCUCUUGAUGAGAAUGAAAAUUUGUCGGUUUUAGGAAAGAAAUUGUCACUGCUUCCAGUGGAGCCUAAACUUGGGAAGAUGCUUAUUUUAGGGGCUAUCUUCAGCUGUCUCGACCCCAUAAUGACUGUUGUUACUGGUCUUAGUGUUAGAGACCCGUUCCUUAUGCCAUUUGACAAAAAGGAUCUAGCAGAAUCAUCAAAAUCCCAGUUCGCUGCCCGGGAUUACAGCGACCACAUGGCCCUGGCUCGAGCGUACAAUGGCUGGAAAGAAGCUGAAAAAGAACAAUCUGGUUAUGAGUAUUGCUGGAAGAAUUUUCUCUCUUUCCAAACUCUGAAGGCCAUGGACUCCAUGAGGAGGCAAUUUUUCUUUCUCCUGAAGGAUGCUUCUCUAAUUGAUAAUGUGGAAGAUUGCAAUAAGCUGAGCCAUGAUGACCAUCUUGUCCGGGCCAUAAUCUGCGCAGGCUUAUACCCUGGAAUAUGUUCUGUUGUGAAUAAGGAUAAGUCAAUUGCACUUAAGACAAUGGAGGAUGGGCAGGUGCUUCUGUACUCGAAUUCUGUGAAUGCCAAUGUACCAAAGAUUCCAUACCCAUGGCUAGUCUUCAAUGAAAAAGUGAAAGUUAACUCAGUUUUCCUCCGAGAUUCCACUGCUGUAUCUGACUCGAUUCUUCUUUUGUUUGGAGGAAAGAUAUCUUCUGGUGGAUUGGACGGACAUCUUAAAAUGCUCGGAGGAUAUCUCGAGUUUUUCAUGAAACCUUCCCUGGCAGAUACAUACAUAGGGUUGAAAGGAGAGCUUGACGAACUUAUUCACAAUAAGCUUCUGAAUCCCAAACUUGAUAUCCAACUGUACAAUGAGCUCAUAUCAGCUAUGAGAUUGCUUGUGUCUGAGGACCAGUGUGAGGGCAGGUUUGUGUUCGGCCGCACAUCAGUGGCCCCCACGAAAAAGAAGCUUAAAGACUUGAGCAGUCACGGAGGAGGCGAUGGUGGGGACAACUUCAAGAACCAUCUUCAGACAUUGCUGGCCCGUUCAGGACAUGGAGCACCUGUGUACAAGACAAGACCGCUGAAGAACAACCAGUUUCGAGCUAUGGUUUCUUUCAACGGGUUGGAUUUCGCUGGGAAGCCAUGUGGUAGCAAGAAACUCGCAGAGAAGGACGCAGCUCAUGAGGCUUUGCUUUGGUUACAAGGAGAGACCAACUCGAGUCUGGGUGAUCUUAACCACAUGUCAAUGCUCUUGAAGAAGAACAGAGGUAAAAGGCCUCGGAGUGCAUCAUCUCAAUGGGGGUGGGGUUAGGGUUAGGGUUAGGGUUCAUCCAUGAAUCCAUGCCAUAGGACUGCGGAAGAAGUUCAAGAGGGUCUAAAUUAGACCAGCACUAACCGAAGGGAAAUGUUUUGCUUGAUGGGUUUGUGAUGGAAGCUGGCUCGGCGGCAUUGAUCACUCCAAAAUAACUGUUGAAGAAGUUAUAGACUCGCAGAUUGAGAUCGGAACCGUUGGUUCUAUGGCAGAUUCAAGAACCAAACUACGAGGUCUUUAGGUUCGUAGUGAUUAUACAGAUGCUCUGUGACCCUUGUGGACGAGGGUUGUCAAAAACUGUUCUGUGACCCUUGUCUGGUUUUUUUGGUUGUCUUUGAUGUUAUAUGCUGACUUGGGUUUUUCUUGUAAAAUCUAGAACGGCUUUAUACGUGUUAUGUAUGCAUAACGUUUGUAUGUAUUCUAUUUCUCAUGGCAUGUGCGAUACGAAAAUUUCCCUGUUUUC